ACCACAUCCUCCAGUGUUUAGUUCACCGAACUCGUAUGAACUUUCUGACAUUGUUCCAGAAUGAAAUUGCUGAUGAAUGUAGAAGUGUGGAGUUCAACCACAUAAGCUUUCUUCGUGACUGCUGAAGGAUCAUUAUGAGAGACUUUAUCAACCUGAAGUUUCCACCUACAGAACGUAUGGGAUCUAAGAUUAAGUUGAUGUUAUGGAUUUGGGCCUGGAGCUCCAGCGGGAUCCGAACGGCACCAGGAGAUGUUUGCAGGGCCCGCGGGGGGUACAUAAACAAUGACAUCUGCUGCCUCAACUGUCCAGCUGGUACUUUUCUCAAAGAGGCGUGCAGCAGACCGUUUGAGAGAGGUGUCUGUGAGCCAUGCGACUUUGACACUUACACCGAGCAUGAUAAUGGACUUCUCAAGACCUGUUUGAUGUGUACCAAGUGUCGCCCAGAUGAGGAGAUUGUGGAGCGAUGCAACAGCACCAGAAACACACGCUGUCGGUGUAAAGCGGGUUCCUUCUGUCUGCCGGAUCAAGCCUGUGAGGUCUGCAAGACGUGCAGGAAGUGUAAAGAAGACGAGAAGGUCGUGGCACACUGCACAGCUAACUCAAACACCGUCUGCCAAAAAAGAGGCCCCACCUCCACCAGCACAUUGACAGCAGUGGGAGUCGUCUCAGUCUCAGUCGUGGCCAUCAUCGUGAUCAUCGUGAUCAUCGGGUGUUUGCUGUACUGGAGAACAUCGGGUGGAUUGACCUCAAGCUGCCAAAGAGGAAUGUGGAAUAAGUGCUUAGAAAACGGCAGCGAUUUGGAGGAGGUGAAGCAGAACAAUGUGAAUGGUGUGGUGGAGGAAGGAGCACAGAUCCAGCCAUUAAUCUAUCCGACACAGCCGGUGGGUGAGGACGAGGAGGAUAAAGGGCUCGGCCCAAGCCUCUCCACCACCACAGCUUCGUCUGAGACCAGCCUGCCUGUGUGCACACUGACAAGCGAGUACUGCCUCAGCCGCUCGCUGCUGAGGCAGCUUAACACUCUGGAAGAUGAAAAACUACGAAGGCUCGUUCCUUUAAACGGAGACGAUUCCCUGAAGAAAACCUUUGACCUGUUCGGAGAGAUCGACGUGAACUACCACAAACGCUUCUUCAGGCUCCUUGGCCUGAGCGACAACGCCAUAAGGACCGCAGAGGCAUCUUGGUCUUUACCCGAGGACAGAGUGUACGAGCUGCUGAAGAUCUGGAUGGAGAAAGAAGGCAUGAAGGCAGAUUUUAUCAGCCUCAUCGAGGCCCUGCUUAGUCUGAACCAGAGGUUUUCUGCAGAAAACAUCGUCGCACGAGCUGUCGAUAACGGCUACUUCAGAUACGAAGAAGACUGAAAACAAGCACAAGGUCUACUGCAGUGCUUUUCUUGUUUAUGGAGUUGUAUGUUGUCCUUUUUUUUUUGUUUUGUUUUUCUUUACUCAAGCACUGCAGGGACAAAAUUGGACUUUGAGUGUUAUUUAUUAUUUUUGUACUAUAUAAGUCUAAAUAUGUAAUGAAUGUAAGCAUUUUGUAAAAUUGUAAAUGUUAUUUAUGGUCUUUAAAUAUUGUUAAGUAUUGAUUUAGUUGAUUUUGAUAUUCAUCCAUUCCAUUUUCUACUGUUUUUGUUAUGAAGAACAAUGUAAAUGGAUUUUUGUUGUUGUGGUUUUUUUUUUAUUUAUUUUUUUUUUUAAACUGAGCAAUACCCCAGCUUGUACUACCGCGAUUGACCGCAAGAGUGCGGUGUUGUAUAAAGCGGCGUUAUUUCAAACUAAAACUUUCAGUGCUUGUAAAUGAGAGAACUGAAGCGCAUAAUAGUGCUACAGCGACAGUGAGUUUAAGAACUUGAGAAAAGUCAUGAAAGUGCUUUAAUAUAUAUAUAUAUAUAUAUAUAUAUAUAGCCUAUUAUCUUUUAAGAGUUUAUUUACCAAGACUUAGUCUCAGGUCCUCUCUUUUCUUCAGGCAGCUCAAUUUAUGAAUUGAUCAAAUAGGUACUUAGGGUAUUCCUUACAUUCUCACGUGGAUGUAGCUCCCAAAUGACAAGAUGGUGUAUGUCCAAAAGUAUGCGGAUAUCUGCCCAUCACACCCGUAUGUGCUUGUUGAACAUGCUGUCCCAGAUUUAGUCCUCCCUUUGCUGUUAUAAUAACCUCCACUCUCCUGGGAAAGCAUUACACUAGGUUUUGGAGCAUGGUGGUUGGGAUUAGUGCUCAUACUGACAUAAGGAGACCUUGGGUGCAGUCGGUGUUCCAAUUCAUCCAACACAAAGGUGGUUCAGCGGGCUUGAGGUCAGGGAUCUGUGCAGGACAUUUGAGUUGUUCCACUCAAACCUUAACCUUUGUGCACAGGGGCAGUGUCAUGCUGGAACAAGUUUGGGCCUCUUCGUUCCAGUGAAGGGAACUUGUAAAUCUACAACAAAGAGACAUUCUUUUCAAAAUUGACAUACUUGACAUCUUGACAUACUUGUCAAAUUUCAAAGUGGUUCGGGGGCGCACGGUGUUAGCACAUUCGCCUCACACCUCCAGGGUCCGGGGUUCGAGUCCCGUUGGGGCCAUGUGUGAGUGGAGUUUGCAUGGUCUCCCCGUGCUGUGGGGGUUUCCUCCGGGUACUCCGGUUUCCUCCCCCAGUCCAAGGACAUGCAUGGUAGGCUGAUUGGCAAGUCUAAAGUGUCCGUAGUGUAUGAAUGGGUGUGUGAUUGUGUAUGUGAUUGCGCCCUGCCCUGUGCCCGAUGCUCCCUGGGAUAGGCUCCAGGUUCCCCGUGACUCUGAAAAGGAGUAAGCGGUAGAAGAUGGAUGGAUGGCACCCUUUCGGGGGAAAACCACAUAUGGAUGAUGGUGAUGGUCAGGUGUCCACAUACUUUGGGCCAUAUAGUGUAUAACCUGGGAACUAUACAGUGGUAGUAAAAAAAAAACCCAAAUUAUUUACUCAAGUUAUAGUAAACUUUUUUUUUUGUAAUGUAUGUUGUGCCACAUUUUCUACGAGCCAUCUAAAUUAAUGCUCAUUGAGAUUAUUAAUUUAAAUUCAAUUCAAUAAAAAAAUAAUAAUCCAAC